GCACCGGGCGCUGGCUUACGCGCCGUUGUGCGCCGCAUUCGUCGUUUGCCAGCGCGCGAGCCGUCGCCGCGGCCUCGAGGCGCACCUCUGCACCGAGGGGGCAGCCUUUCCUCGGCGCACGACGCAGUAAACACCAAUAAGAGCAGGCAGCCCAUUGGUAGGGCAAGAUGUUUAAGCGUAUGGUCACGAUGCGCAAGGCGCUCCACAAGCGAGAAGAAGAUACUACUCCGAGAGGAGUGGAAGCCGAUGAGCUCGUCGAAGAGCUCGGCAAGGAGCGCAGCAAGACGCAGCGCGCCAGAAAGUCCCGCGACACGGCCCUAGAAGGCUCGCGUAGAUACGAACAGCUCGACCGAAGGCGCGUCGCGGACCUGAAGACGUCGCAAGAAUCAUUUAGUCAGCGGGAGAAUUCACUGAGAGAUGAUUGUGAUCGAUUGGUCCAUCAAAGAGACCAAUUACGAGACCAAUUAAUCGAUGAGGAGGACGCGCAGCGCAAGUUGCGGAGGGAGAUCAAGCAGUUGCGCGAUGCGUUGCAGCGGGAACAGAACAAGUCCGUGGUCUAUCGGGACGAGGCCAAGGCUGCCGAGGCGCGAGCUGUCGCCGCGCAAGAGGAGAGUGAGAAGAAACUAAUAGAGCUGAGCGUGGAGCAGGACAAAGCGGAACGUAAAGCGAGGGACGCGGAGCAGGCCCUGGCCGAGCGCGACGCGCUGAUCAGUGAGCGGGAUUCAUUGAAGAAUACAAUAGCCAAUAAUAAUGCAGAGUUAGUGGAGUGUCGCGAACGCACGCAGAAAGCGGAGGAGGAGCUCGCUUCCAGAAAAGCGAACCAGGACUCGUUGGAGGAAGCGGCGCGGAGUGCUGCUGUUCGCAUCGAAGAGGCCAAUCAACAGAGGGACGACGCCGUCCGAGCGGCCCAGUCGGCCUGCGACGCCGAAGUUAGUCUAGCGAAACGCGGCGAGACGGCCAUGCGCUUUAAAUUAGAUGCGUCCUCGGCAAAACAAGCGUCCUUGCAGAGCGAAAAGGACAAGGCCAAAGCUUCUGAAGCACAUGCCGAGCACCGAGCCAGCAUCGCGGAGAUGAGCGCCAACGACGCCGCGGCGGCGGGAUCAUUGCGGGAGUUGGCCGCCAAAUUGUUGGACGAUCAGGAAGAUCCUUCCAUAGGCGCCGCGCGGAUGUUGGAUCGGGUCUGGGACCUCGUCGACGAGUUGCUGGCGUUUGCGGGCUUCGGGGCCGCCCAAGAUGCAUUAAGGGCGGAGCGACUAUGUCCGGGUCGACAGCCUCCCCCGGUGGCUGCGUUCUUGGGUGCGGGGGAGGCGCAAAAGUACGCCAAUACAGCCGCCGACUCGCUCAUCGAGUGCCUGCGCGGGGAACGCCGGGCGACCUUUGAAAAAAGAUGGUUGCGGCAUGUACCUAUACGCGCACAGCAUCAGCAAGCGUUGGCGCGGCUACGCGUCACCUGUGCCGCUCUAUUUGCUCUAGGGUCGUGUCGGAAACGACGCCGAGCACAUGAUCAAUCUGAUGCCCCUUCAGGAGCGGAAGAACGAGCAUCCUAUGCGGCUCUGAAGGACGCCCUGUUGGCGGUGAACAAGGACAAUACUUACAACGUAUUGUCACAACUAAAGAAGCCGUGGAGUCAUGCUACUUUCUCACCUCUAUUCGAAGAGGGCGACGACCAGUGGCUCCUACUCAAGGAGAAGACCUGCGACGAGUUACGGGAUGUGUUCGUGAAGGAAUUGCCGCGCGUCGCGCCGCCGAAAUUACUUGUAUUAUUUCGCGCGUACGAGACUUGGCAGACUGGACUUGUUAAUGCUACAUUGCAUGCGAGACAGGAGAAGGCCCACGUCUCAAAGGCGGCGUUGGAGUUGUUGGUCGUGUGUGCUUGGUUGGUCCACGACGUCGAGCAAGCUAGAGGGGUUGCCACGGCAGACGAUGAUGAUAAUGAUUGUGGAGACGAGACGCUAAAGGAUGGCAACUUCGUCGAGGGGCGGCCGGCUCGCGUUCUGUUGAGAGUGAAGACAAGGUUAAAUGACAUCCAGAAGGCGCUGCGGGAGCACGGCGCUUUUUCUGAUGUGGAGACGAAUGUACCCGACGUCGAUUCCAAAGGUGCUAAAAAAGCUCUGGCGUUGUGGCUCCCGCCGCCUCUCGAUGGACCUAAACUAAGAGCGAGUGUGGACACGCCUGAAGUCUUAGCUGCUUUGUGUGGUCGCAUGCCGGACGCCGACGCGGGAGAUCUGCGGACGGCGGCCACGCUCCAAGUCCUGAUACGGGAAGAUAUUUUAGGUGUGAUGAAUGGCAAGCUCGUAGCAAGACUAUCGUCAUUAGAUGUUUGUGGAAGACUCAUAACGUGUCUCACUGCGCGCAUCGCGGCCCAUGCAGAAGGCCGCCAGUACCUGCUCCUGGGCGUCGCGAGUGAGGCCAAGCCCUUCGUCCCGUACGAGUGCGAAGAUAGUGAAGAGGAGGAGGAGAUGGAGGAGUGCGCGGAGAUCAUCCAGGCGGCCUGGAGACAGAAGCAACAAGCUCGAAAAGCAGCAAAGGCGUUUGGCGCUAGGUUCUUCGAGGACUCCGAGGAGGAGGAGCAGGACGAGGCGGUGCGGGAGAUCCAGGCGGCGUGGCGGAAGAGGCAUCCCAAGAGGACCGCCCCGAAGAAGGCCAGCCCGAAGAAGGCUGCCGCCAAGUUUGAUGGAGAUCUCGUCGACGCGCUACUUUCAUUAAUUAUGAAGGAGGCGACGAGUGCGCAGACGGCCUACGCCGCCGUCGCGCUGCAGAGGUUGACAUUAGAGGACGCCAUUGCGAAGCGCGUCGCUGGUGAAGCAGGAAAGUUGAUCGAGCGGGUCCGAUCUGUGGACGGCGUCGUCGCGGCGGCUUUGUCCGCAUCUCUGGUGAAUUCGCUGGCGGACCACGCUUCGGAAGUGAAUGAGCCGAUCCAGGCGAUCCACUUAUUACUAGAAGGGGUGAACAGAGCGCGCGACGUCGAGCACACGGGUGAGGCGAUUGUUGAGAGAUUACUCGGCGCGGCCUACUGCCUCGCGCAGACGCCAAGCGCGAAGGCGGCCUUUGAAAAUGAUGAGGGCUUCGAGUUGUUAAGUGAGCCGCUCGACGAGCUGCUGGGUGACGAGCGCGAGCGCAUGCGCGCCGACGCGACGAAGCGGACCUUCGCGUUCGAGGUGUCCUGCGUGUCCGACGCGUUGCGGGGCAUCGAAGUGGCGGCGCCGUCCGAGAGUCCACCACCAGCGCAAACUCCGCCACCGAUCGAAGCCGUCUUUUUGGGCGGCGACCAGCUCGAGGAGUUCGACGAGGAGGCUUGUGUCGGGGCGCCGGCGCCGGCGCCGGACUAUGAAAAGCACUUGGAAUCGAUCUAUUUGGUCGCGCGGCGCGACGAGGCGCGGGCGCCGGAUUCCGUGCGCGUGAUGGACGAGCCACCGUAAGGUUUCUAUCGUAUUCUGCCC